AUCGGUAGGCGGCCUGCCGCCGCCCUCAUCGGCUUUCCUGAGCUCAGUAGCAGCCCCGCCCCGAACGAGGCGAGCCCCCAACGGCACCGCCCUUGCCUUCUCUUGGCAUUCCAUCAGCAUCUACAUCGAGCUGUCCGGCGGCUGCUCCUUGACCGCGACUCUGAGCCGGGCGAGCCCCGCCCCGGCAGCAGAGGCGACCCGAGCGAGCAAGAGCAAUUGCGCUGCGAGAGGCGGCGGCGGCGGCGGCGGCGGCCGCGAACGAGACGCCUGUUGGUUCGUCGGCCGGCCGGCCGGCCGCUAUCCCACUUGACAAGUGUUGGGAGAAGAGUCUGUGCUCCCGGGGUGGAGGUGUCGGCGCGGGCAUGCUGCCGGGCAACGCCGAGAUCCGCGCCGGCGACCAGCUAACCGGGGCUGCCGCCCGGGGAGACAUUGCCGAGGUGCGGCGCCUCCUGCACGAGGAGUUGGUGCAUCCCGACUCGCACAACCGCUUCGGCAAGACCGCGCUGCAGGUAAUGAUGUUUGGUAACAUCUUUGUGGCUCAGGAGCUGCUGAAGCAAGGUGCUAAUCCUAACAUCCAAGAUGAAUCAGGCACAGUGCCUGCCCACGAUGCUGCCCGCACAGGCUUCCUUGACACCCUGAAAAUCUUGGUGGAUCAUGGCGCUGAUGUCAACAUCCCAGAUGCCUCUGGCUCUCUGCCCCUCCAUGUUGCUAUUUGGGAAGGCCACAGUGAUGUGGUCUGCUUCUUGGCACCUCAAUCAAAGUUGCAGCACCAGGACUCUGAGGGGCGGACACCAUUGGAGCUCGCACAACAGCUGGGGCUUUCAGACAUCCAGAGCAUCCUGGAACAGCACCUCUCUGUCCCAGCUUAGCCUAAGGGGGGCAUCUUGCCCAGGCUAAAAGGGAGCAGGAGCAGCACUGAGGCAGCUCCUUUCUGUAUAUUUCACCCCCACCCUCAUUCCCAGAGAUUUUCCCUUUCUUGCCAGGGCCCUGGAACAAAGGCAGCUCCUCCUGCCCUACCUCAGAGUGUGAGUUGAAUUAAUUUUGCUGUUGUUUCUAUUUAUAUGUAUUUUAUGAAUUCUCUUCUUUGCUUCUGCUCUCCAGUUUUUCCUAACCUUGGCAGUUUCUUGGGAGCCAGAAGGCCCUUGUGGUGGAGGACUCAUGCAUAUAUCCUCCUUGACUCUGCUUCAUCUUAAACAGAGAAUGGUGUACUUAAACACUCCACUGGCAUAAGCAUCUCCUUAGGAGAAUGUGGGAAAAUCUCACAUUGCUGGCUGGGACCUUCUCACCCCUUCCUUCUGGCACAAAGAAUCCCAGCCCUCUUCAGGAACACUUGGUGUUUUGCUAUGAGGAAUCCCUCUGCACCUUGUUCCAUUCCACAUUUCCUAUGGAAGAUUAUAUUACAAUUCUCCAAUGGAUUUUACUCUGUGUACAGGUAGGGAUGUCAAGGUGCGUGGGCUGGUUACUGUACCUGGCAUUGGGGGCUAGGCAGAUUUGCUGUGACAUAAUUGUACAUUUGUGGAUUGAAUUGUUGGCUAUGCUUUCCUUGUGGAGCAUGGGAUGCAAGAUCUGUAACCUCUUAUGCACAGGAUACUGUUUCUACUAGGAUCCACAUCAAGCCUUCUUCUAGGAUUGAUGAGGAUCUUAUGAUCUUUAAGCCAUUUCCACUGUGGCCUUUUGGUAGUUAAGACUCCUGCUGUUCAUAUAUGCAUUCAAACACUGCUUAGUCUGUUAUCUUUGACUAAAAUGUUUUAAGAUUUGUUCUGGCAGCUUAUUCCCUUUAAUGAAUUUGUGGGUCUGAGCUGUGUAUAGUAGAUUUUAAAGGAGAAAUUUAUUCUAUUUAUUGUGAUUUGUGAGGGUUUGUUUUACAGAAUGAUUAAUUUAAUUAUUAAAAACAUUACAUAUA